GCUCGCAUCCGCCCGCACGCGUGAGUCCACCAUCGGAUAGGCGGCGUUUGGACGAUUCUGAUAAUAUUUUUUAUCAAACCGUUUUUUGGUUUAAUUUUAUCUUAUUUUUUUUUUUUGUUAUCGCCUUACCAUCAUCACGCGAUGCCGUAGAAAACACUGCGAUCGCCUUUGAAAGCCGUUCGGUCAUCGUAGCCAACCCGAGGGCUCGCGUUGUUUUAAUGUCCGGAAAAUUGUAACAUGUUGACAACGCCGACGUCACAGGGCAGAUUAUUGGUCGGACUGGGUGUCGUCUAUGUGUUGGCACAAUACAUGUAUGUCACUUACAACAACGAGCCACGACGUUUCGACAACCUGAUGCCAAUCACGUCUACACAAGAAUACGUUCCAGCCACUAACGCCGCGCCAAUCGUACACUUGAACGUCUCCGAGAUCACGUCCAAGGUUACUGUUGUUGGAACUGAAGGUGAUAGAACGAACAACAAAGCCCCCGCGUUGUGUCCGGAAGUUCCGCCCGGACUAAAUGGAACAGUGCCAUUAGUCCUGCCAACACACGAAACUCUUAAAGAAGUCGCAGAACAGUUAUCGUGGUUAAGACUUAACGGCGGUGGUCAUAAAGCACCCACAGACUGUGAAGCCCGGUACAAAAUCGCCAUCAUUGUACCUUACAGAGAUCGCUUGUCAAACUUAUGCACAUUUUUGCUAAACAUUCACCCGUUUCUAACAAAACAGCAAUUAGAUUAUACCAUAUUUAUUAUUGAACAAUUUGGUGACGGAUUAUUCAACCGAGCAAUGCUGAUGAAUGUGGGAUUCGUGGAAGCGUUAAAACUGCGUGAAUUCGACUGUUUCUUCUUUCACGACGUCGAUUUAAUACCGGAGAAUGACAAGAACAUUUACAGUUGCCCCCAACAACCGCGACACAUGUCCGUUGCUAUUGACAAGUUCAAAUACAGAUUGCCGUACAAGGACAUAUUUGGCGGUGUAGUUGGAAUGAGUCGAUACCAUUUCCAGUUGGUGAAUGGUUUCAGUAAUAUGUUUUGGGGAUGGGGCGGUGAAGACGAUGACAUGGCGUCUCGAGUUAAAUCCCAUGAACUCAACAUAACUAGAUAUCCACCAGACAUAGCCCGUUACCAUAUGCUUUCUCACGCUAAACAAAGAGCCAACCCGAAAAGAUACGAAAAACUGUUCAGCGGGCGAAAACGGUUUAAGACGGACGGACUCAACCACUUGGCGUAUCAAGUGAAAUCGUUUCAACGCCUGUCCAUGUUUACUUAUCUGUUGGUCGACAUCACUAAAAUAUGAUUGAAGACGUCAACCACUUGCCGUUGGAUGCACUGCCUCUCGACGUUCUCUCUUAGGAAUUUCUUUUUUGUCUCUUGAUUUGAUUUUUUUUAUUUUGCUACAUUAUCACUUUGAACAUUGAUUUUUUUAUAGCGUGUUAUAAAAUCAGUGAGGACUAUUACUAUUAGUAGUAUUAUUAUUGUUGUUCAUUAUAUUACAUUUUUUUUUAUAUAUAUAUAUAUAUAUAUAGAAUUCUAAAUCAGGGUCCAGCGUUGCCUGAUGCGGUGCUAACAGCGAGUUAAACAUGUACGCUGUUUGCGUAAUGAAUUACUAUUAUGUACUUACAAAAAAACACAUAAUACUUAGGUUAGCCCAAAAAAAUGUAUAAUACAUACAUCUCCAUCCACUCCAGCUUAAUCCAACCCGAUGUCAAUCUAUGUGCGCAUGACGUACAUAUUACAGGCCAAACAUACAUAUUCAUACAGAUUUUAAUGCGUCAUACAUUUUUUCUAUGUUUUACUCUUAUGUUGCUCUGUGUAUUUUUUUUAAAUACAUUUGCUGCUCGUUUCGAGCAACAUUAAAUGUUAAUCAACAGCAUAUCAUUAGCCCAAAGCGUAACGCCCACUCAACUUGAUUCGUAUACUCAACGAACUUGUGUGCACAUUCAUAUUGAGCACACCAAAGACAAGUUCGACUGAAAAAAAUCCAUUAUUAUUGUUGUUGAUUAAAAAAGUGCAAAUUCACAUAACGGUUAUGUCCAAUGGAUUAGGGGACUGACUGCCUCGUUUAAUACUUAAGGGUAAUAUAGUUCUGGUACUUCUAUAAGGCAUUUCAUAAUUAUAAGAAGACAUUUACGUUAUCUGGUUCUGGUUUUUAGAGAAUAGAGAAUAUUAACAAAAACUAAAUUUUUCGUUAAAUCUGAUUUCACAAAACAUAACUAUUAACAUAAAAGUAAAAUUUUAUUUACUCGUACAUAUUAUCUUGAUUCAAUGUUUUUUUUAGCACGGUCUGUUUUCUCGAAUACCUACUUAGCUGUUAGAUUUUAUUAAAGCUACUGUAUGUACGUAUAUUACUAAUAAAUAUUCACACCAAUUUGUUCGUGCGAUAUUUUCUUAUAUAAAUUUAUUCCAUUUUCAGUAAACCAUUUAAUGGUAGUGAAAUAUAAACUAUUAAAUGGAAAAUAUAAUAGAUAAUUAAAUUACCGUUGUUCCGUUAGAUGUGGAUUUCGGGGAUCAAUACGGAUAGGCAAUUAAUUUUAGGGUAGGCCUAAUUGUGGGUCAAUACGACUCUGUGAUAUUAUACUUCAUUAUAUUGUGUAUUUCUCUUUCAUUGUAAUUUUUUUUUGUUUGUACUGUAGAUAGCAGGGCCGGCUUGAAGGUAUAGUGAAAUAGAUGCGCAUAGCCCCGAACUUAUCAGGACCUCACGCAAGGUCCCAUAUAAAAUUUAUUGUCUUCUGCCAAAAAGAUAUUAUAUACUAUCAAAUCAAAGUCGAUUAAAUUAGGUUUAAAUUGUUUUAUAAAAUAGUCAUACUUCCCAGGAAAUUUGUCCCAUCGACAUUGGCCGCACUUAACCUACAUAUUUAUUUCCAAGCCGGUCCUAAGCGACGGGCAAUUUUUAUCACGUUAACCGCCCUUUAUUAUUAAUUAUGACAGUAUCUCUGAAUUUAACUAUAAAUAAACGAAAAUUAAAGACUCGUAGCAUUAUAGUAUUAUUAUUAUAACAUUAUCGUAACACAAAUGUACCGGUGUUUUUA